UUUAACUAAUCGAUAGAAUGCUUUUGUGAUAGGGGAGGGUAAAUGGGUGAUUCGUUCUUGCUGAGUCUGAUAAUGUAACGUUCUGUCUCUAGUGCUGUUUAUUUCUUUUAUAUGUUUUUUGUGAUUAGACCUCUACAUGCAAGUUUUUUUUUUAAUUUCUGCCCAUGUAGUUUCCACUACUAGUUAGUGACUACGCCCUUUUUCCAAGUCGCAAUCCUCAGGGAGCGUGUUCUUUUUCACGCUUCAAACCGAGAAUACAAAAUUGGUGAAAAAAUGGAGGAUUUUAAAAGCAUGUCUGAUGAAGAACUGGCUGCUCUCUUGAGUCGACAUGGCAUCAGUCAUGGGCCCAUUGUUGAAACAACAAGGUCCCUGUAUGAGAAGAAACUGACUGAAAUUAUAAGUGGAACCAAAUCUUCACUGAGGGAGAAAAGCAAAGCAUCAGAGGGCUCAGAUCACAAUAGUUCUGAUCACACAGAAUGGUAUGAAGAAACCAUAACAUAUACAGAAGCAUACCCAAGGCCUUCAAUACGUCAGCGGAUUAGAGAAGAUUUCACAAGCUCUCCGGAUGUAAGUGAAAAACUGUCAUCAGAAGGCAGCUACCAGGAGUACCUUCUGUCAAAGCCAUCUGUAGAAACUGCAAGCUACCGAUCCAGCCUGGGGUCUGAGCCACUGGAAAGACGGUACUUUCCACUACAGAGUGCUCCUUCUUCCGUUGUCUUUGGUGCUAAGUCUAAUGUUGCUGAGGAUGAAAGUGACCCAGAAAAUGAGUCUACCAGUGAAGUGCAAAGGCUGGAACUGGAACUAGCACUGAUUAAAGCAAAGUCUGAGGCAGAUAUGAAGAGGAUCCAGCUGGAAGCAGUAGAGCGAGAAAAGGAAGAGAAGCGAAAGUCUGAACUGGAGAGACAAAGAACUGAGGCUGAGUUACUUCGACUACGGGUUGAAGUAGAAGAACGAGAGAGACAGCGUCAGCAUGAGCUUCAGCUUAAAGAACUUGAAUAUGAGAAGGAAAUGGAGAUUCUGCGUCAGCGAACACCACCACAAACAAGCACAACUUAUUCCGCCGUCUUUGAUGAUAAGACAAAGGCUGCCAAGGGUGAAAAUGAGUCACCCAGUAAAGCUCAAAUGUUGGAGAAGGAGCUUGCUCUGAUUAAGGCAAAGACUGAGGAAGAGCUGCAGAGAAUAAAACUGAAAGCAGAGGAGCAGGAAGAGGCGAAUAGACGUAAUGCUGACAUGGAGAGGCAGAGGACUCAAGCCGCACUUUGGCAGAUACGACUAGAAGCACAGGAACAAGAGAGAGAGAGGCAACAUGACCUGCAUUUGAAAGAGCUUGAACUUGAGAGGGAAAUGAAGCUUCUACGCCAUCGUGCACCUCCACAAACUGCUAGAUAUGAUGCACAGGAUUCUGAGAAGGAUGGCAAAUAUUAUGCAGCUUCAAGCACCUAUCAGACUGUGUCGCAGUCAAGACCAUCACGGUCAAUGGUAUCAUCCACAUCUGUAGCUUCAAAGUCUUAUGCAGAAGAUUCGUCCCAAGAAAAAAGAUUCAUUCCUCUGUGGUUGCAGUUCUUGGUCUUCCUGUUAGUGGCUGGCUUCCUUGUCUACUUGUACUUCACUGUUGGAUCAUCAGAUGAUAAUCCCUUUGUGACCUUUAUGGAGUAACUCUACUUGGUGUCCACCUUUGGAGCAUAUGUUAGUUAACAGAGGAGGGACUUUACCUUUGGACAGCAUUAACUCCAUAUAUAUAACAUAUAUUGAGGUUGGAAAAUGGGGAUCUGUUCAUGUUUUGAACACAUAUGACUUAGUACAGAAAUGUUGAGGAACUUCAAGGUGUUAUAACAUGCUAGAAUAUGCUUUCCCCUUGUUUAUGUGCUUAACAGUAGUGGUCAGUAUUACUUACCAACCAUUUUCAACAGGGACUUGAUAUUAGUAUGCAAGAAUGAGUUUUCCAGUAGAUAUGUAAACAGUUCACAUAAUUUUUUUGGUAGAAGCUUUUCUUUGCAGAGGAUAUUCUUGCCAUUGCAGUUCUUAGAUUAGAAUGUAAACUGUUUAGUUCACUAGAUUAUACAUAAUCAGUAGUGUCAGAGUUUGGCGUUACAUGCACGUUCUCCUCCCAUGCGCACUCACUCAAACCUCCUUACAUUAAGUUGAAGGGAUAAAUUGUAAAGAACAUUUUUUUUUUUUUUACUCACUGUUGUUUUUAAUGUGGGAGUUCUACAGAAAGUGUGGUGAAAUGCUGAAAAGAGACACACUGGCAAAAUUUCAGUAGGCAAGAGAUGUAUCUAAGUGGAGAAGAAAUGUUGUGUUCCUUUAUGACAGAUAAGAUAUUAUCCAUCUCCCAAAUUAAGGCAUGUUUGUCAGUCACUUCAAAUGUAGGAUUUUCAGGAAAAAAAUUAUUGAGGCAAAUUAUUUGAUUUUUUAACAUUUCUUAACAGUGAAGUUACACAAUGUUCAGGUCUUGUAUUUUAAAUAAAGCAUUAGGUUUACUUUGGGGUAGAGUAAUGACACACAGUUUGUCAUUUCCAUAAUUACACAACAACUUCGACUUAGUGCGGUUUUGAGGUAGCAUGAAAUAUUGUAUGGGGAUACUAUUUACACAGCAUGCAUAGGAUCAUAGGAAGUAGGAAGCAGAUGAGUCUUGCAAUAAUGUACACCUUGCUAUAAUACCCACUCUUAAACAGAGUUUCCUCUCUCAAGAAAAGUCAGGCCAGUUAAUCCAGAGAUGAAUUUGUGGAAUAUCCAUCCAAUCAUCCAGCUCACAUUUGAAGAAAGAUAAUGUAUUACACUGAUUAAUUUGCAGUGAGAGUCCAUUCAAGCAGAGGGAAAGGCACUGUGUAAUGAAACUAACGAUUUACCUUGUUUUAUUUAUCUGCUGGUGAAUGUUUAGAUUGUGUUCUUGCAUAUGUAAAACUAUUCAAUUUGUGGAGAUACAGAAGAUCCAGAACUUCUGGGUGCCUAGAGGCUUGGAAGUCAAGGCAUAUAGAGCUUUACCCAGGAGUCUGUAAAGGAUGUUGACAGUGGUGCAUCAGUGGUCUUAGCCAGGCAGAUUGCAGGAAUUCUGUUUUCAAUCCCAUGCUACCUGUUGAUUUUAGUUCCUUGGGUGCUCUACAGGUAGCCCAUUGUUUUCCCCCUUUGAAUUCUGCUCUGGAAUGUGCUGGCUGCUGGGUACUCUGAACAGGAGCUUUUCUGUAUUUACAUCUACACAUUUAAAUUCUCCCCUAAACAUACACACUUGUGUGGGGUGUUCAGCAUGUAGUGAUAUGUGGGAUUAUGUAAGCACUUUCUAGUGCACACAUAUACAGUGUGUUGUAGCACUGUCACUCUCUAAGUUAUACGUGCUUGCUUCUUUGUUGCCUGUUGUGCAUUGGGAGCAGUCAGAGCAGAAACCCUGACCUCCCUCUGCAGAAGACUACUACUCUGGCUGCUGUCCUUCCCCCAAGCUGGCGUUUUGACAUGCAGACAGAUGCUCUGCCUUUAUGUUGCAUUAAAUGUCAGAUGUGUAAAAUGGUUUAGUUAGCAUUCUACAUAUCUUAUGGGCUGGCAGCAUUCUUAGUUCAUAAGUAAAAUGAAGUAUAUGCUUGAUCAGCAGGCAGGCAGUUUUUUUUUUUUUUGUGAGACUAUCUCUGAGCUGACUGAGAGUAAGGCAGAUAUUGUGUAUCCUGGACGGUAGCAUCUAUGUCAAAGAAUCAAAACAUACCAGUACUUAACUGUAGGACAUAUCAAAUAUGACUUGUUGGUAGCAUACACUGCCCGUUUUUAGUUAGAUUUGCUUCUGUAUGCUGUACAGUAUUGAAAUUCCCUGUAGUGUCUUUCUUUAAACAUUUAAAAAAAAACCUCCUCACACUUCUCCAUGAUACUGCACACACUGGUGUAAGAUUUGAUUAGUCUCCAUUUCACUAGAAAGUAAGCAUACAUUUUGAAGAGUUCAGGUACCAUCUUACUGUUCAUGGUGGAGCAAACCUGUUUUCUAGUAUAAUUUAACAGUAGCUGUACUUAGCAGCCACAAUGGCAGGAGCCUUUUGUUUUUUAUAGGAUUAUGUAAAAAUUUCAAGAAAUACUAAAGUCGUUCAUAUGUGAAGAGAACUGAUUUUAGUGGCUGAAAGUGUUUACUUGCAUCAUGUCAUGCAGUUCUUUUCAGUACCUAACAGUGAAGUUGCCAAAGGACCCAGUGAGAGGAGAGGUUUGAUUAUGCCAAAAAAUAAAUAGAAUACUCUGGCAUUUUGGAGCUACAUUAAAAUAAUGCUGUAAGAAUUCUCAGAUGUUCAACAGCUGAUACUCCAUACAUUAAGAGCAAAAUCCAUGACUUCAAAUCAGGAGCCAGCUGAAAAGUAUCAGCUAAAAAUGAGCUAAGAGUAAUUAUAUUGGAGUGCCUUCUGUGUGGAGUCUGCAUGUCCUCCCCGUGGUCGAGUGGCCUCCGAAAGACAUGCGUGAAUGGGUGUGCCUUUGCUGAAGGUUGGGCGUCGGGCUGGCAACUCGGCACCAUAAAAAUCGAUUGCCAAUCAUUAGCGGACCGGAGUUCUGCUGUGGCGACCCCUAACCGGGAAAAGCCGAAAAGACAGCCUAAACAUCAAGAUAUUAUUUAAAUAAGUUGAAGAAAGUAAACAAAAUGCUUGAAUGCAUCCUUAAAAAUUUUAACAGGAAGAAGAAAAAAUAUAUUGUUUAUAAUCUAGUAGCAAGAGUCAACAAUGAAUUGCAUGUUUGGUUCUGGAAGUGUCAGCUGUUGAAGAUUUAUUGAUUAUAUGUAAAUAGUUAAGAGGGCAGAUCUAGAAUAUUAAUUUUUUGAAAUUAAAGAUGGUAAGAUUUGAGCAUCUGUCUUAUAUUUUAGUGGUAUAAUCUAGAUACAAAAGGGAGUAUUUUUUGCAAGUCAUUAUAUUUUUGUGAAAUGGAGAGACAGAAGAUGUUAAUAAAUUGUUUUACAUAAAAAUGCACGCUUUGGUAGCAUUUCAGCAAAGAUGGAAAUUUCUUAAUGGAUUUGUGACCUGAAUGGAGCAGACCAUUUGCUUUGUAUGAAGAAGGACACUUGUAUGGACACCUUAGAGUUCUGUCUGUGUAGGUACUUUAAAAUUAAAAUAGGACAGACAGACCUUUUAGCACUUUAUUGCUGCCCUUGCUUAUAAUUCUGUGAAACGUUAGCCCUCUUGGAGCCAUGAGGAGGCGAGAAAAGAAUGUUUCAGGGGUUUCAGAGAAGUGAGCUGUUAGAAGUAGGAAUUUAGCUCUCAGAAUAUGAAUAGCAUUGUAAUAAACACAUUUCUUGUUUAUUGAGGUAACAUAAUAAAACAGAUUGAAAUGUGUAUAAAGGAUUAGCAGCUAAAACAAUAUUAUUUUUAAAAUGCAUACAUUUAUUGUUGCACAGGUAUAAGUUGUACAUCCAUAAGACCAUACAUCAUGUCACCCUGGCAUUUGCCAGGUAUGUUUUUCUAGGCAGACUGCCAGUUAGAUGGAAAAUUUCAUAGCACAGUUGUCAGGUUAUACCAUUAACCUAGAACUGCUUUUUGAACAGUUAUAGUUGAAUAUGUGUAGCUGUGGCAGUGAGUUUGAGAGAGAAGGUCGAAAGCAGUCUUCCACAGCUGAAUUUCCAGUAGGUUUUAUUGUCUUUGUACGGAUAUUGUUUUGCUUUUUCUUUAGACAGAGUCCAGAUUAUCUGCCAUUGUCUCAUCAGUGCUGCCAGUUUUGGCACACCACUUUCUUUGCGUAUACUUACUCAUUAACAUAGGUACAUACAAAUAAGCCAACACUGGACUUGCAGAAGCCAAAGUUCACAUUAGUACUGCAACUAGUUCUUAUUUGGUAAUCCCUUGUGGUCUUUCCUUCAUUUUCCUAUUCCAUUUCAACUGUGUCCUAAUUUGCCCACCUCAUCAUUCAUUGUGGCUGCUGUGACUUCAGCCAUCUUGUGCAACCAUAUCUUGUUCUCCAGUUUACUGUCCUUGGAGCUUCCUUGUACUGCAAUUCUCCUAUACCCUUUGUCAUCUUUAUGGCCUGCUGUUACAUCUCCCAUUCUCAUAUCCUUUUCCAAUCUCCUUUUAAAAUGCACUCUGAUUUCUAGGUUGGGGGUUCAGCAGCUGGAAAAUGAUCUCAGUCCCUGGAAUCCACGUCUGUCAUCUAGAGUGUAGUUUAGGCAGAGCUUGCACUCUCUCAUUUCUUGGCAUGAUGAGACUUGAGAAUCAUAGCUACACCAAAACCUUUUCCUCCCCAUAACAUUGCACUUUGUUUUUAAUCAAGAUUGCUAACUGUGUGCCUGUCCUGACAGUUGUUAAUGUUGCUGUAGAAAGAUUUCCAUUCGCUCCUGGCAAUGUUUUGGCAGCUUCAAAAAACAGAUUCAUCCUGCUGUCUGACUCAAGUACUGUGUCUGUCACAGAUAAACAAAAUGGUACCAACCUAAGUAUCAGGCCUGUGACACCCUGCUUAAUUACUAUUCUUUGUUGAUUGACUUUUCCUCACAUCUUGCCACUGCUUCCUGUCAUCAAAAGAUUUCUUCAAACAUUUAAGUUUUAGGGUACACAUCAGUACCAUUAAAUAUUUUGUUUUAGUAUUCCUUUGUGCCUUCAUUUUGGAUAUCUUGCUGUAACCCAAAUUCCCGUCAUCAUUCAGCUUGUCCGAUUAGGUUGUAUAAGUUCUCCAUGUAUUUUGCAGAGCAAUCAACUGGCAAGACCUUUAUGGUAUUAAGCCUUACUGUCUGUCCACACACCUAGGUCUGUAAUAUUUACUUCAGAGAGAAAUAUAAGGCAGGUUAAGCCCAUACUUGUCUAUCUUUCCCCUGCUUCCUCCUUCUCUCUUGCAGUCUAAUAGUAACAUUUGAAAAGUUCAGUGUGAAUUUGACACCAGUGGCUGCAGCCGUUUGUGUGUUUUUGCCCCUGAUGAAAUUAUCACAAGGGAAUACUUCUAGAGGCAUGCAUAUGCUGUGUAACAGUACAAAGAGCGCCCCUCUUUGCAGAGCCCUGGACACAUUUCAAGUCAGAAGUGUAACAUGAAGUAAGCAAAGGUGCAUAACAACUCUGUUCCCUCCAUUGUAGUGCUUGUGUAUGGUAAAGAAAAGCUAUUUAGGUUAAGUGUCAAGUAUUCAGUCUUUGCACCAUGAAAAUGUCCUCCUAGGCUUAGAUCAUCUUAGUGUCUUGAGAGAGCAGCAGUUUUUUAUGCUGAAGUUUUGCCAUGAUGUAUUCACACAGAUUAAAGGACACCCUGACACAGUACAGUAAAAUAAGUCUCCAUUUGAAAAAAAGUCAUGUAUAUUAAAAAUUGUGUAUUCCUUCUCAAAUAUUACUUGCUGUUUUCAAAGUCUUUUCUUACAAGUAAAAUCCAGAGUACUUGCCAGGUGCAUUACAGUUUUGGAGUGUGCAGAAGCAUGAAAAGAUGAUUUCAAAAAUAGCAGCAUAAUGCUUUGGUAAACAGUCCACCUUUAAAUAUUGAAAAGAGGAGGGGAUGAAAGUGCAAUUUUAAGUAAUCAAGAUUAGCCAUUAACUAGAAAUCAAGAAAGUGGAGUAGUGAGUUGAAGUUGUAGGAAGUUUGUGAAGGGUUUCUUUUGUGCUUGAUUUUAGUAUUGUAGCAACCUACCACUUGUUUCAGUUGUCAGCUAGUGGUUAAGAGUAAUAGUUAGCCUUGCAUCCUCCUGCCCUGCCCUGAGCAUAUUGGUACUAUGUUGUACAGGAUACAGCAUUAUGCAAAAUGUUGCAACUGACAGAAAUCGUUUUUUAUGCAUAAUAUGUCACCAGCCAGUCUUUUUAAACAUAAACACUAGAAAGUUUCGAUUUUAAACCAAAGACAUUUUUCUAUGAAAUUUUUAACAUAUUAGUAGUGUAUUUGCUUAUUAUUAGAAAAUGCUUGUAUUUGCAGCAAAUGUUAUCUUUACCUAUAUAUUCAUGCUCGAGAGUGCUUUAAGAUAUAUAUUUUAUGGUUUAGCAUGCAUUUAAUGUUUUGAGACAGGAAAUGUAGUUUAGGAUAGUGAUGUUAGUAGUAUUACUAAGCCAGAAGAUGGCAGUGAGAUUACUUUGAACAAGUGUCAAAACUAGAGUUUGCCCUGUCUAUCGGAGUUUUGCAUUACAAGUCAGGAUCUGCAAAAGUAAAGUCCUCAGCUUUGGUGGAUGUAGGACUUCAGAGUUCUGGUCUUUGCACCUCUUCAUUUUACUAACUGCCUUGUCUGGUCGUGGUUAUAUUGGGGUUAUAGAUAAAGUAAGUGAUUAGUUGUCUGCCUGUUUCAUUUGAAGUGUCCUGGGGAAAUGCACAAUAAAAAUAAAAACACAAGUUGUAGAAAGAUCUCUCUUAAUAAAUGGGGAGUAUGCUUCUUUAAACAAAAGACAGCACCGAAGGUGUGAACUUUUUUUCUGGAAUGAAAUCUAUUUGAAGCAAUUUGCUUUUUUCUAUUUCAUCUUUUUGAACUCACUGGCAGAUGUUUAACAGAAAUUACUGUGGCAGUAGAUGACUGACUUUGCUUUUUUUGUAUCUGUAUACACACAGUUAUAGUUGCACUCAGACACUGUUAAUUUGCAACAAAUGAAACUGGAAUCAAACAUGAUAUAUGUAGUGCUUUUCUUAUGUGACCUUCAGGAAAUAACCAUCAAGGGUAGUUUGACAGGUACAGAAAUAAAACACCACUUCUUUAAAAGAAGGGCACAUAUUUGGAUGAUUUUUGUCAUUGCAGCAACAAAGAAUGUCAUAUCCGUAUGUGUUGCAGUGCAAUAUUCAAGUGCUUUCAACCAUCUUGAGUUAGUGUUCUGGGGUGCAGCAUCCUGAAUUGUAUGUUGCAUGCAGCAUGCAUUUAGUGUUCAUUUUUGUACAUAGAUUUGAGAACAUUUAUUUUCACCUCUGGGAGUCUACUUUGAUGACAUCAUGGAUGAAAAUUUUAAUUUUGUCUACUGCCUUGUAUGAUUUUGUAAUUGUUAUAAUUCUCGUUUCAGCUGUCAGGGUGGAAAUAUAUUUUCUGUAUGGUCAAGUUUCAAAAAAACUUGAACAGAUUGCUCCUGUAUUUUAUCUGUGCUGCUCUGUAGAGGUACCAUGUUUCUGAAAGUCUUGUAUCACAUUAAAGAUCAUUUGCAAAAUUUGAA